GAACUGAGUGUUUGUACCAUUAGUGUCAAGUACUGGUGAGGAGCUAGAGCCAAGAAAAAUGUCCAGCGUCAUCAUUAAUCCAGCUUUGCUAAAGGAGAAACAGAGCAAACCCAACAGGCCUCGUCGCACCGGCUCUCUUGGCCUCUUCUUCCGAAAGUUCUAUCAUGUUGCGUCAGUGCGAAUGCAGGAGCUGUGCAAUCAUCUGGAGUUGAAGGAGACAGAGCUUAGACGGAAGAUAUGGACAUGCUUUGAGCACUCUAUUUUAGAACACUCAGAACUCAUGUUAGACCGACAUCUUGACCAGAUCCUAAUGUGCGCUGUCUAUGUCAUGUGCAAAAUCGAGGGCCUGGAUAAGCCGUUCACAGAAGUAAUGAAGUGCUACCGUCUCCAGCCACAGUCGGCCAGCCAUGUCUACCGCAGUGUGCUGCUUGCCUCCCGUCACAAACGAACAGAAACCAAACCAUCUGGAGUCCCAGUCCAGGAAACAGAAAACAGAUGUGAUAUAAUAAAAUUCUACAAUUCAGUUUAUGUACAAAAAAUGCAGAAUUUCGUGAGGAAGUUCGCUAAUGGAAAUGCUCAGAAUGGCAACCUGACUCUGUCCCCACUGCCGGUAACGAGAUCUGUCCCCAUGUCACCUCGCAGGAGAGUCUCUGACAUGCACAGUGUUUUUAUCCGUCCCCUCACCUCCUCAGAGCCUAACGCCUUCCCUCCCUCGCCCACCGGGUCCCUUAGCUACUGCUUCAGCCGAAGUCCUGCUAAGGACUUAAAGGCCAUCAAUUCUAUGAUGCGGGAAGCCGACUUCCAAGCAGGGCGCAAAGUUGGUAAGCGGCUGCUCAAUGACGACAACUCCGAGGAAGACGGAGGAUCACCACCAAAACAACCCAACUUUGUGGCCAGCAAGAUUCAAGAUUUGGUUGUUGAUCGAUUGAUCGCCAAAUCACAAGACUCGUAAUGGUGAUUCAGAACUUUCUUUGUCUAACACACCCUAGGCGACAAUGUAACAGUUAUUGUCGUAACCAUUUUUGAGUGUAUUGUAGGCAAUUAAUUUAUUGAAAGUAUUCUUUUAUGUUUGUUAUAUUUUGUAAACAUAUUUAUUGUUUUGUUUAGAAGUACAAUUUUGAUCUAUUUAGUUUUUGUAAAUUUAUAUAUAUAUAUUAAUAUUAUUAUUAUCUUUUUAGAUUACAGUUUAUUUGAAAUGUAUUAAGAUGUACAUAAAACUAUAGUAAUUAUUUUAAGAGGAAUAAAGUGUCUUGAGACAGUGAAAA